UGUUUUAUUUACACAGGCGAAAUUAUCUUCACGUAUCAAUAUUUGCUUGUUGUGCAUGGAAGAACCGUUUGCACAGUGUGACGCAAUGGCGUUGUCAGUUCCAACAAAAGACCAUUUUUCUAACCUGCCGAAUGAGAUGAAGGUUCUCGUACUUCAACAUCUUUCAGCUGAGGACCUGUGUCACGUGGCAUUAUGUAAUCGAUCAUUGAGAGAGGCCGCCAAUUACGAUGCUCUAUGGCGCCCUCUUUGCCGAGAGAAGCGAUGGGAGAAGUUUGAUGCAGUCGUUGAUCUUUGUGUUGAACCCCCGUUUAUACCUUCAUCACCUCAACAUGGCGGGGAUGGGGGCGUUGGUGACAGUGUCACCUUUGCCUUUGAUUCGGUUGUCACUGGUUCAAGCUGGCCAGGGUUGGUGAAUACAUGCAAAUGGAAGGAGAUAUACAUGAAGGCACGACAUCUGGAACGAAAUUGGAAGAACAAUCUGUAUCACGUUGUCUCGUUCGAGUUUGGCUCAGCUGGCUACACUAAGAGUUCCAGAAAAAAUGACUGUUCUGAACCUGAGGUGACAGUACGCGGCCUAGCUGGUGAAGGGAAUAUUCUUGCCGGUGCUCUCUCGAAUGACACAUUACAUAUAUGGGAUAUCUCCAGCGGAAAACGUCGACAUCGCAUCAAAGUGGGUAUCGGUAGAAUAGACAAGGCGCUCAAAAUGAAGAAUGGCGUCAUAGCUGUAGGGUGCCGUGGUGGUAAGAUUCGUACCUACUGCGCCCAGACUGGAGAGCAGCUGCAAGUCAUGUCGGGGCAUCGUCUGGAUGUGUCUCGUCUAUUCUUCGAUGGUGACACCAUUAUUAGUAUUGCAGCGGAGUUAGACGGGGAUAUGAGGGAGGUACGUGCUGACGGUGAUAUACGGGUCUGGAAUGCUAUAGAUGGUACAUCUCGUUUCGUCUUUGAGAGCACCUCCGAUGAUCCCUUCCGGUGCCGACCGAUUGGCGUGGACUAUUUUGACAAGACAGUUGCAGGUGCUUACAUCGACCGUAAGAUUCGAUUAUGGGACGCACAGAGUGGUGUCUGUAAGCAGACAAUCGUCAGUGAUGCCAAUUACUUAAUUUCGUGUCACCUUGGGGACGGCAUCGUGAUUAGUGCCCAUUGGGGAAAUGUCAUGAAGAUAUGGAACGUGGAAUCCGGGGAGUGCAUCAGACACUUUGACGUGCCUGGUGUGGACUUUGAGGAUUGGGACCCAGAUGAUGAAUCAUCGCACUUUCACUUCAACGGUGAAUUCCUCCUCGCCACAUCGCUCUCUAAUGUGAGAUUGUUCAAUCUCGACGGCAAAUUCAUCAGGGACAUCAUCUCGGACGAUGAUAUUUAUAAACAAUACCUGCUAAGGAUCAAUUAUGUCUUUGGCAAUAAGUGUAUUGCAUGUGAUGAUUGUGGUCGCGGCCCGAUGUACCUGUGGAACAUCGACGACCUUAAUAAUGUUUUCCAUUUGGUGAAAUGUUGCAUGUUUGUCGGGGAUAAUGCAGUGUGGAUGAGCGAGACAAAACUUGCUUUCGUUCGAUACUUAGAGUACGAUAAGGAUGAGAACAAAAUCCAAAUACCAAAGAUCGAGGUUCACCAUUAUUGGUAAAAAGGUAAAGGUUAAGGAGAAGUUUCUGCCGGGGGUUGGUGCUGUGCCGGGCGGCGGAAGGGCUCUCAAUAGUGAAAAUGGCCUUAUUUGAGAAAAGUUCGGUCACUCCCGCUGCUGGGGCGGGCGGGCGCCCCCUCCGCACUCCCCUGGAAACCCCACUGUAGGUACAUUGAAAGGAUCGCCAGUUUAAGUUAUAUUAAGUCACGACACAAAAAGACGAAAACACUUUGUUAUUGCCUAACGCUUUCUCUGAUCAUGAAUUGUUCUUGAUCAUGCUAGAAGAAGAAAAAAGGCCACAUGGAUUGGUGCGUGCAUUCGGGGAAUAUACAGCGCCACCAAGCGUAAUUUUGAGGAAACUCAACCCAACCCAACUGUUCUUAUUUCACGCAUUGUAUGAGAUAAGAAAAUGUGUACCAUUAAUAUGCGUUGCGUUGAUUGCCUCACAUGGUAUGAGGGAACAUUCAUAAAUAACUGAGACAGUAUACCUGUUCCUAUUGGUCGAGAUCCCGUCACGUGGAUAGUUUUAAAGGGAUGAUAAAACCCUGGCAAGACGUGAAGGUGGUCCCAUGUGAAGCUGCCCCCUGAAUUGGGACACUAAGUUUCUGCUUCCGAAAAUGUAGGCCCUAUGCUUCAAAGUUUCUACAUUUUGAAGAUCGAAAAAAACAUAUACAGGAUGAGUAAAAAAAACGAAACCCAAAUGUUGGGACUAUUGUUUUAGUAAAGUUUUGUA